AUGUCCAAUCCACCACCGCCCGCCGCGGCGGCGACAGGGUCAUCCUCACACAGCUGCAAGGUGAUUCUUGCCAACACCAUAGCCAAAGUCCUCAUCUCGGAGAUCCAAGCGGGAUUAACGGCGCUGAACCACCAACGCCAGCACCAACAACAGCUUGAACAUGUACCACAACCGCCCCAUCUCCUAGGAAUCCUUGCAAAUGCCGACCCGGCCGCGCAAACGUACGCCCGCUGGACGGAGAAGACGUGCCAUGACCUCGGCUUCGCGUACACGCUGCUGCAAGUCGAGAAGGAUUCCGUCGAGGAGACCAUUCUGGCCGCGAACGCGAACCCGCUCUAUGACGGUAUCAUCAUCUACUACCCCAUCUACGGCGGCCGGCAAGACCAGUACCUCCAGAAUGUGGUCUCGGUGGACAAAGAUGUCGAGGGCCUGUCGCACCUGUACAUCUUCAACAUGUAUCAGAACGUGCGGUUCUUGGAAAACGCCGAGACCCCAAGCACCGCCCCUGCAAGGAAGAGUAUCCUCCCGUGCACGCCCCUCGCGGUGAUCAAGAUCCUCGAGUAUCUCCACAUCUACAACCCGAUCCUCCCCUACGGGAACCGCCUCUUCGGCCGCACCAUCUGCGUGGUCAAUCGGUCCGAGGUCGUCGGGCGGCCUCUCGCGGCGCUGCUCGCCAACGACGGUGCCUGUGUCUACAGCGUCGACGUGUCUGGCGUGCAGCAGUUCACGCGCGGCGAGGGCAUUCGGAAACGCAAACAUGAGGUCGUCGACAAGGAAGGCUGGACCAUCGAAGACUGCGCGCCCCUAUGUGAUGUUGUGAUCACGGGCGUCCCUGGCGAGGCGUAUAAGUUUCCGUGCCACCUUUUGAAGGAGGGGGCCGUGUGUAUCAACUUUUCGAGUGAGAAGAACUUCCCCCCUGAAGUCAAGGAAAGAGCAUCCAUCUACGUCCCCGCCAUCGGCAAAGUCACCAUCGUCGUGUUGCUGCGCAAUCUACUUCGCGUUGUGCAGAAUCGGCAGGCACAACUGCAAGUUGAACAGGAGCAGCAAUCCCAGGGUCGAGAUACGUCUCAUGGGAUGUCUUCCCCACUACUAAACGCGAAAACACAAACGCAAAAGGAGCUUCUACAUGCGCCUACGGAUACAUCGGCGACAACGAUGAAUGGGGCGGCUUCGUAA